AUGCAAGGGUUGAUAAAUGUCAUUGCAAACCUUUUUCCAAAUGCAGAACAUAGACAUUGUGCUAGGCAUAGAUAUGCCAACUUCAGGAAGAAACACAAAGGGAAGGAAAUGCAAGCCUUAUUUUGGAGAUAUGUGAAGGCAUUAAAUGAGGCAGAAUUCAAUGCAGCCUUAGCAGAGUUAGGCAAAUUGAAGCCUACAGCAAGGGAUGGCAUAAUGAAUGUAGAUCCUAAGCAUUGGAGUAGAGCUUUUUUCAAAGCUGAAAUUAAGUCAUCUAUGGUCGACAAUAACAUGUGUGAGCUGUUAAAUGCCUUACUUGUUGAUGCACAACACAAGGCGAUAAUUUCUAUGAAUCAAGAAAUGAGAGUUAUGUGUGCAACAAGAACAGUUGCUAAGAGAGAGUUUGGAUCUACUAAGUUUGUAAGAGAAUUUGGCCCUAAAAUAUGGACUAAGAUUGUACAGAAUAGGGAAGGUAGUAAGAAAUGCAAAGUCCUAUGGCCUAAUGGAGUUGGUUACGAAGUUGAGGAUUACAUGAAUACCCUCACUGUUGAGGACAACCAGCAAUGCCUUACUGAGGAGCAACCACCCCAUGGAGAAGACAACCAGCCAUGCAUUGCUGAGAAAGAACUAGUGAACAUGACCCAAGAAGAUACUCCAGCUCAGAAGAGGGUUGCAAGAGUUGGAGAUAGAGGAAUCCCCGCCAUAGCUCUAACGCCUGCACCAACAACACCUGCACCAACAGUACCUGCACCAAUGGCACCUCCACCAAUAACAACAACAACUCCCUCAGGAAGUAGUAGGCAAUUUGUUAUUGCCACUGACUUGCAAGCACUAUUAUGAGAAAAAAGAAGGCAAAAGGAAAAAGAAGCACUUGGUCGUUGGGUGGAGUUAUUGACUAAAAUUCACACAAAUAAACAAUCAAAUGUUUAUAGUGUCAAGUUUUUUUGUUGUGUGUUUAGAGUGUGCUUCUAUUUUGGACAGAUUAAGGUAUGUACUGCAUUUGGUAUUGCAUGGACGCUUGUUUUUGGACAAAUAUGGAAGUUUAGGUUGUUUGUUGUAUUUAGCACGAAAUCUGGUAUAAUGUGCUUUUCUUUUGGACUUGGACAACAUAUAUUUUGUAUGUGACUGUAUAUACAUUGUAAUUUUUAUAUUGGGAUUAAUGAAAUGCUUGUAUUGAC